AGCUGUCCAAUGAUGGGAAACUGAACGGGUUUAUUUCAGGCAGACAUUUCCUAUGCUUCAAUGAAUUGAUGCUUCAAGCGGAAUGCACUGGCAAGAUCUGCACUUGCUUUUAUCUAUAUUUACAUACGAUGUAUUAUUAUAAACUGUAAUAUUAAUUUCAUGUAGUGCAGUUACAGUAUAACGUCUAACUGUAAGUGCCUGCACUGCAGAUUCAGGUCGAUCUGAAAGCGCUGUUUCGCGGAUUAGUAAUCCGGUGUCGCACACAGGCUUAUCCCUUCUGUUUUUAUUCGUCUUUUAUUACUCCUGUGCACGUACCGCUACUUCGACAUAUUUAUCUGAUCCCAGGACGUCCGAAACCGCUAAGAAAACAAGAUGGCUGAGAUGAGUAAAGGGGUCACCGCUGGGAAAUUGGCCAGUAAUGUGCAGAAAAAAAUAACGCGAGCCCAAGAAAAGGUCCUGCAGAAGCUGGGAAAGGCGGACGAGACGAAGGACGUGCAAUUUGAGGAGGGUGUGAUCAACUUCAACAAGCAGCUGGUAGAGGGCAGCAAACUGCAGAAGGACCUGAAAGCUUAUCUCGCCGCAGUAAAAGCAAUGCACGAGUCGUCCAAACGCUUGCACGAGUGUUUGGCAGACAUGUAUGAACCAGACUGGUAUGGCAAAGACGAGAUGGACUCCAUUGCUGAGGAUACUGAUCUGCUAUGGACGGACUUCCAUCAGAAACUGGUGGAUCACGCCCUGAUUUCUAUGGACACUUAUCUGGCUCAGUUCCCAGACAUUAAGGCUCGGAUCGCCAAGCGAGAUCGGAAGCUGGUGGAUUUUGACAGCGCACGGCACCACUUUGCUUCCCUGCAGAAGGGGAAGAAGAAGGAUGAAGUCAAGAUCGCCAAGCCGGUCUCGCUCCUGGAGAAGGCCGCCCCAGGCUGGGCUCAGGGGAUACUGUCCGCGCAUCAUGUUGCCCAAACUAACCUGUCGAGAAACCAGGCAGAGGACGAGUUGGGAAGGGCUCAGAAGGUCUUUGAGGAUAUCAAUGAAGACCUGCAAGAGGAACUUCCAUCACUGUGGAACAGUCGUGUUGGCUUUUAUGUUAACACAUUCCAGAGUGUUGCAGGGCUGGAGGAGAAAUUCCACCGAGAAAUGGGAAAGCUCAGUCAGAACCUAAAUGAUGUGAUGAUCAAACUGGAAGAUCAGAACCAGUCCGGAAAGGCAGGUAAACUGGGUCUGAAGACGACAGCCGCUGGGAAGAGACAGGAAGGCACUAAUAACACCCUUUCUCCACGAGCAUCAGGACCACCCAUCCCCAAGUCUCCGUCCAAGCUGAAGCCGGGGCCACCGGUACCCCCACCACCCAAAGUGACCCCGUCGAAAGAUGUCAAGCAGGAAAACAUCAUCGACUUGUUUGAUGACGCGCUCGUGCCCGAGAUUAAUGUCACCUCCCCUUCACAGUGUGAUUCUUCUGGGGGGGGUAAUCUGCUUGAUAUGGAUUUGGAUACACUACCUGCAGUCAGCCCAGGGGGUGUGGUCUCAUCCCCAUCCUCCCAGGCGAUGUCAUGGAAUACGUGGGAGGAGAAGCAGGCGUCUGGAACCACAAACGGGUCUUCAGAUGAAGCUGAAAUGCCACCUGGCUUCCUCUACAAAGUCAAGGCGAUGCAUGAUUAUGGUGCCACCGAUGGGGAUGAGCUGGAUCUGAAAGCUGGAGAUGUGGUACUGGUGAUGUCGCAUGAGAACCCAGAGGAGCAGGAUGAUGGCUGGCUGAUGGGUGUAAAGGAGGCACACUGGCUUAAGAAGAAGGACCUCAAAGUCAAGGGAGUGUUCCCAGAGAACUUCACGCAGCACUUGUGAGGGCGCCGCCUCACGUCCAGGCUCUCCUUGACCCUCGUCCUCCUGCUCCGUCAUUCCGACACACUGGAUGCCCAGCUUCCCACCGGGCACAGGAACAGAGUUUGUCAUUUUGCACGCUGGAAGAUUGACUCAGGUCAUUAGAAGUGGUGGCGAGUUCGUUGUCGUGUUACUGUGGGAUCUGGACAGGGUUUGCUUGCCUUCAAACUGGACGGAGAAGCAGCUACCAGCACUGUCUCACCAAGCCUCUGUACCUCCUUGGAAGACGUGUGCUUCUGUUUCUCGUUGUACUUGACCAUCCUCGGUAUUUUGAUUAAAUCAUUGUUUUGUCUCAAUCGCUUGCCAGUGUAAACCCCCUCCUCCCUCUUUACUGGCUUUAAUGCCCAGCUUCCCUUAACACUGGGUUCCAAGUGAAGUAGCAAUGAACUGUAACCUGGCUUGAUCUAGCAUAGUCUCUCCCUCAUCUGAACCCUCUGUUUUGUAUGUUUUAUUUUUUCUUUGCUCCUUUUAUUAUAUGUGUUUGUAUUUCAGUGUGGUUCUUUUAAACCCCGUUACUCGCAAAACCAAAUCUUAAACGAGAAAGGAAUGGUAUAUUAGGAGCUUUUGGUAAAGAAACAAAUGAUUGUUUGAACAUUAUUUAAAUAGUAUUGUAAAAAAACAUAUUGCAUGAUGCUCUGUGAAAUAGUUUUAUCUGACAUAAGAAAUGCGUGUGAAUAGAAUGUGUAUGAGCCUAUGAAAAGUUUACAGGGGUGUCAUUUGGAUGCGUCUCCAUGUAACGGGUCAGGCCUGCUUCUCCCAAAGCCUUCUGGGAUCAAAGUAUUACAUUGAAUACAGAGGUGUCAUUAGCAUCUACGUGAAUUGGCAAACGUUUCUUUCUAAACUGUCUUUUUUUUUUUCUUUUGCUAUUCAAGAAAAAAAAUUUCAGAUUCUGUAAUUCUACCUACUUUUAACAGAUCUGGAUAUUUACAGACCUUUUAUGAAACAGUUUUGUUUAACCAUUUUGCACUGAUGUUUGAUUGUAGUGCCUAUUUUAGGAUUUUGUUGUGAAGGCGGUAGGCUAGCCUUUAAUUUGCAUCACAACUGCUGUCUACCUAGGUCAGUGUUUCUCUACUCAGUCCUUGGGGACCACCAGACGGUCCACAUUUUUGCUGGGGAGCAAAAACGUAGACCGUCUGGGAGUCUCCAAGGAUCUGGUUGAGAGAGAUUGCACCUGGGUAGACGUUCACAGAAUGAAUCAGCUUAGUUUUUGUAUCAAAGUAGAUGAGUUUCAUUGCUUGAAGCCCAGGAAGGUUGGUCACAUUGAUACAUACAUAUACCUACACACAUACACCCCUGCUCAUGUGCACUAUCCUCACACAAAUAGUCCUUUUACACCUGUAUAUCUCUCAUGCAAGAAUUCCUUGCUCCCACGCAAUGCCAUGUCUGCAUUCAGUGAUUUUUGAGGGUACACUGAGAAUUCUUGAAUUUGAAAUUAUUUCUUCUUUUCCUGGAAAAUCCGGAAUAUACUGUAGCUGCUUUAUGUGCUGUGAAAUUCCAUUUCUAGGAUCUGUAGUUCACGUAUGCCUGGAAAAAUUGCCCCUCUGCCGUUUGAGUGGUGGCGGGAGAGUGACAUCUGUUAUUUGCUUGAGAGGAAGUCUGAUCUUCUGUAGCUGUCUUCAGCUUAAGCCAGUUCCGUCCUCCUCUGGCGCACGCUAAUCCGCUGUUUGCUUCACAUGUACUCAGCAGAGUUAUUUCUGCGAGUUCUGUGAAAUUGAGAACUGUCUGCAUUUGGUGCUUUUAACUGGUGGCAGACGGGAUACAUGGGAUUCAUACUUGAACCCUCUCUGCCUGAGAUUUUCUGAGGCUCCGAAGGCAUGAAACCCAUCAGUAAGAAAUGUUUUUGAGCUUGUCAUUUAUUCUUAUGGAAUAUGUCAAUGGAAACAGUGGGGUGCUUUCAGGCUAUGUUGCUUCACCACUGGUGUGAACCUCCCAAAAUCGUAUACUGUAUGCCUGGACUCUUUCCUAAUCCAUAUUGUAACGUGUGCAUCUGUUUGUUUUGCUCAGGGUAUUAUCACUCUCUCCACUGGUGCCUCAUGGUGCCGCAGACAGAGGGCUGUGCUUUAACUCUCACCACAGACUGUCGCACUAAUCUGGGCCACACUUGGAGUUAAAGCCGGUCCCUCUCUCCCCAGACACAGAAGCGUCCAUAUGUGUUAUAUCAGUCUGGAACAUAUUUCUCGGUUCUCUUUAAAUAAUUGUAUGCUAAGAACAGUAUGUUACCUACCACAUAUCAAUAAUCCUUGUGAUGUGUUGAAUAUUCUGCUGUUUUUUUUUUUUCCAAAUGACCCUCUGAUCAAUUACAUUAAAUAUCGAUUUAUUCUGUUGUGC